AUGAAGUUAUUCGCUGUUGUCUCGGUCGCCUUAUCCCUUCUUUCCAUUAUAAACGCAGCUCCUGUUAACCUUACUAAAAGACGUUUUGGUCAAGAACAUACUCCAUUAGCUGAUAAAACUUACCAAGACAUGAAAGAUGCUGUUGCAGGAACCACAUUUGAACAAGUUACUGGUGAUUUAUCUGGUGAAGCUGUUAGAGCACUUUUAGCUAGAGCUCCAAAGUGUCAACAACAAGAUGUUGCUGAUAAAUGUAUCGAUAUUGCGCAUCAGAUAGGUGAAGAAGUAAGUAAAGACAGAGAAGCUACACUAAUUCCUGUUUGCCAAACAUAUCGAAAACUUGAACGAAACACACCUAACGAAGGUCAACCCUCUGAACUUUGUGAUAGGCCACCAAGAAAUAAAGAACUUGAAGAUGAUGCAGUCCCAAAUGAUAAUGAAGCAUUUAAUAACCCUGUCGGUGGUGUUCAAAUGCCAUUGAUUACUAAAUUGAGUCCUGGUGGUCCUGAAGGCAAUUUUCAAGUUAAGGAUUCUAAAUUCCAACAGGAAGGUGCUGCUCAUAAUCGCCAAUGUGAUGUUCAACACAAUGCAUGCUUUGAUAAAUUCAAUGCUGGAGAUCGUAGUUUCCAAGGUUCAGACUGUGAUGAACAAAAUAACGUUUGUAAAGCUGGACCUCCAGUCUUUGCCGCUUAA